AUGGCACUAGAGAAGAAACCAGAUCAGUCCGGGAAUUCGGGGCAGGACAAGAAGUCGGAGCCGCCUAAGAAAGUGGAACAACCCAAGAAAACAGAACAAUGUAAGAAACAGGCGCAGUCCAAAACACCAGAGCAGCUCAAGAAAUUGGAACCAUGUAAGAAAUUGGGGCAAUCUAAGACCUCGGGGCAACCCAAGAUACCAGAACAGCCUAAGAAGUCAAAGCACCUUAUGGAUUCGGAACAGUCUACGAAACCAGAACAGAAGCUGAAGAACCAAGAGCAGGAAAGGCCAAAAGAGGUGAAGAAAUCAGAACAGGCUGUGGGCCAGCUUGGUCCGCAGACUGCGUCAUGCCAAGCCCUCAUUCGCACAGCCUGUCCUCAAUAUCUGACGUCCGAGGAAUUUGAGCAGAUAAUUAGACAGUUCAAAAUUUGCCCCUGGCUGGAGAAUAAGCAGGUGUUAUGGAGCGGGUUGAUGAAGGAUCAGGUUCAAGAAUGGGCAGCUCAACGAGGGAUGCAGACGCUCACCACCGCCAUGGGACCAUUGAUGGACUCGGGCAAUCCCCUAUGCUUGCGACAAACGAAAAGCUCCUGCGCGUGGUCGAAGUAUAUCAAAGGAGCUUCCCUUGUCUUUGCGUGGCGUAUUUCUCAAGGCUCAUACACUACUGUCCUAACUCCGCCACCGCCAGAACGGUUUCACCCAGACGGAUUAACCAACUGGCAAGACAUAGAGGAGCCCGUCUUGAAGGGUCGUCUAGGCACCCCGACGUCAUGUGCAAUCUUGCUAGUUCAUCCAGCUGUCCAAGAAGCUCAAAACUUCCGCUAUCAGGUGUGGCCGGUAGACUACACAGAUAAAUGGCUCAAGAAAUUCAAAGUCAAUCAAGCCUCGAUUCACACCUGGAGAACUAUAUCUAAAUCAAGAGCCCACACAUCAUGGAUGGUCCCUACUGACGAGCCACUCAAGUCGGCGGAUACGAUCAAGUUGAGCACCACACGCAAAGCCAAUGCCGUAACACUAGCCAGCACAGCUUCGAGGGAUAAUAAUGCCUCCGCAGAUCCAAGAUGUUUGCUACAAAGUCAAGUAAACAUCCCUGAAAUUGAAUUGGGUGGAGAGAAGAGACUAGUUAUGCCACAAGUCACCAAAGCUUCAGGCACUACGAUGUCUCCUCCCAGCCCAACACUGUCUCUAAAAAACCAACAGAGCAGACGUCGAGUUGGAGUUGAUGCAGCAACUCAGACUAUCCAAGUGUCAUUCCCUGGGUCACAAAUCGUCAACGCCUCAAGCGAUGAAGCCCUGCCCCCUGCUUCAGGAGGCCAGCCGCAAUGCCAAAAGAGCAUGGGCCAGACUAAAGCAGGAACUGCAGUACAUCUUGGUUUGAUGCCAUGGAACAGGGCCAAGAUGAGUGAAAUCAAGACACCAUGUCCCUUUACUAAUGGCGGCUCGGCUUCUCAAGCAAUACCAGUGAAUUCAAAGGCUGCCAAGAAAGCUGCUAAGAAAGCAUCAAAACGGUUCAUCAAAGAACAGUCUUUGAGAGAAGCUCAAGAGACACUGGAAUCUGGCGUGGCCAUCGGGAGGCUAUUCCACAAAGACAAACUAGUGGACAAACCCCAGGCAGUCUAUGUUGAUACCUCCAGCACCUUGAGCAACUUUUCAGCGCCAACAGUAACAGUAUAUGGAAUGGAUUUUGCAAGCCACGAUCUGCCUGGACAUAAAAGGAAAGAUAAGAACAAAAGAAAGAAGGCGACGGCGGUUGCGAGCAUCACUGUGGAAGAUGCGCAAGUCACCGCGUUCACACAGCCUACAAGGGAAUAUGCAUACAGCUGUCUUGGACCAGUGGACCCCAGCGCGCUGAGGAAGUCCUACUGGGUAGACUGA